GCAAAAAGCAGACCAUAGACUGGACCAUACACUGGUUCCAUCAUGGCCUGGGUCUACAUUACAUUACUCUUACAACUGUGCACGCUCACUGCAUUGGGACAGGACGUCUUUGCAAUCACAGAAACAGAUGGCACUGAUGAUUAUUAUUAUUAUGAUGAUGUCACCGAAAUCCCUGCAGAAGAUUUUGAUUCGAGUCUAAAUGACUGGUUGUAUGAACUCCUGGAUAUCACAGAUGACUGUGAUCCAAACCCAUGUUUGAACGGAGGCCGCUGUGACACCACUGCUGAUGGAGGCUUCGUAUGUUCUUGCCCUGAGCCGUACACAGGAAAGAAGUGUCAGACAGUGAAAGAUGUUUGCAAGAACGCGAAAUGUGGACACGGAAGCUGUGUUGUCACAAGCACCGCUCCGUUCCAUGAGUGCAAGUGCAAACCUCCGUACAGACCACCCAACUGCAAUAAAGCCGCCUCCUGCAGGCCCAAUCCCUGUCAGAACGGAGGCUCUUGCAUGAAGGGUCCCAAACGAUCCACCUUCCAGUGUUCUUGUCCUGCUGGUUACAGUGGAAAGUUCUGUGAAAUUGGAUCAAACGACUGUUACCAAGAGGACGGAGAGUCUUACCGUGGCAUGGUAAGCGAGACAGUUGAAGGGGAAGAGUGUUUGGACUGGAAUUCCUAUUUCAUCGUGCAGAAAGGGGGAGAUCCCUUCAAAGAGUACGCAGGCUUCGAUGGAAUAGGGCCACACAAUUACUGCAGGAACCCAGAUGGAGAUGAUCAGCCCUGGUGCUUCAUUAACAAAAAUAACCAACUGAAGUGGAACUACUGUAAAGUUAGGAAAUGUGCUGGAGCUCGACCCACCCCACCAGUAAUCCAACCAGAUCAAACUACAGCCAAGCCAGCCGUCACUCCUGCCCAGUUCUCCCAGUGCGGACGGCCACAGCCUGGCCGCUUGUCCAGGAUCUUUGGUGGGAAGAAGUCUCUUCCUGGGGCUCAUCCAUGGCAGGUUUCCCUGCAGACCAGAUCCAGAGGCUCUAAUGGGCCCUUCAGCCACAUCUGUGGAGGCAUCCUCCUCGAGUCCUGCUGGGUGCUCACUGCUGCACACUGCAUUCAAAGCGGAGUGGAAAUGCAGGUGGUUCUAGGAGGAGUGGACAUAGAGAGGGACGAAGCGUACGAUCAGGUCAUUCCAGUGGAGAAGGCCAUUAUGCAUGAGGACUACAAGCAGAGCCCCUUUGCUCUUCAUAAUGAUAUUGCCGUGCUCAAGCUGAGAGUCGUGGACAGACCGUACUGUGCCAAAGAAACACGUUUUGUAAAGACCGCCUGUCUGCCCAACCAGCCCUUCGACAGUGGGACCGAGUGUGUGAUCUCAGGAUGGGGCGCGACUGAAACACAGAGGUACGGUACCAACCAUCUGUUGGACGCUCGUGUUCUCCUAAUCUCUCAGGAGAAAUGUAAAGCCCCCCACAUUUACGGAAACAGGCUGGAUGACAGCAUGUUCUGUGCAGGCAACAUGAGAGGAGGCAUUGAUUCCUGCCAGGGUGACUCCGGCGGCCCUCUGGUGUGCGAGCGUAAUGGGACCCAUUAUGUCGUUGGUGUGGUGAGCUGGGGUGACGGCUGCGGGAAUAAGUACAAGCCCGGUGUCUACGCCAAUGUCGGCAGAUUCGUGGACUGGAUUGCUCGUCAGUUACUCUCAUAAGGAUGCACAUGGCCACAGUUCACAGUAUGUGACCUACAUGUCACCACUGACUGAAAAGAGUCAGGAUCAGGUUCUCAAAGCUGUUGAUUUCUGAAUGUUAGAGAUCGUUCCAUCUAUAGCAGAGACCUACGCUGUAUGAGAUGGAAAGACUGACCGUCUUACUGAGACUGAAGAAAGAUUUAAGAUAUAUACAUGUCAUUUACCUUCCCCCCACUGUACACUGUAUACACUGUUUGAUUCUAAAUAUAUAGUGGUGUAUAAACCCCUCUAACUGUAAUCCUGAAAUUAAAUUUGCAGAUUAUGUAUGUGAUAAUGCUGCAUGGCGACAAUGUUUGAUGUACUGUGCUGUUACCUGUUUGUUUUCCAUCAAAAAUCCAAUAAAACCUCAGUGAUAAAUAAA